CCCUCUGGCGCCUUUGCUGCUCCUCUCUCUGCACGGUGUUGCAGCUUCCCUGGAAGUCUCCGAGAGCCCUGGGAGUGUCCAAGUGGCCCGGGGUCAGACAGCAGUCCUGCCCUGUACUUUCAGUACCAGCGCCGCCCUCAUUAACCUCAAUGUCAUUUGGAUGGUCAUUCCUCUGUCCAACGCGAACCAGCCUGAGCAGGUCAUUCUGUAUCAAGGUGGACAGAUGUUUGACGGUGCCCCCCGGUUCCAUGGUAGGGUAGGAUUUACAGGCACCAUGCCAGCCACCAAUGUCUCUAUCUUCAUUAACAACACCCAGCUAUCAGAUACAGGCACCUACCAGUGUUUGGUUAACAACCUUCCAGAUAGAGGGGGCAGGAAUAUUGGGGUCACCGGUCUCACAGUUUUAGUUCCUCCUUCUGCCCCACACUGCCAAAUCCAAGGACCCCAGGAUAUCGGCAGCGAUGUCAUCCUGCUCUGUAGCUCAGAGGAAGGCACUCCUCGACCAACUUACCUUUGGGAGAAGCUAGACAGUAGCCUCCAACUACCCCCAACAGCCACUCAGGACCAGGUCCAGGGAACAGUCACCAUCCGGAACAUCAGCGCCCUGUCAUCAGGUUUGUACCAGUGCGUGGCUUCUAAUGCCAUUGGGACCAGCACCUGUCUUUUGGAUCUCCAGGUUAUUUCUCCCCAGCCCAGGAGCAUUGGACUAAUAGCUGGAGCCAUUGGCACUGGUGCAGUUAUUAUCAUUUUUUGCAUUGCACUAAUUUUAGGGGCAUUCUUUUACUGGAGAAGCAAAAAUAAAGAGGAGGAGGAAGAAGAAAUUCCUAAUGAAAUAAGAGAGGAUGAUCUUCCACCUAAAUGUCCUUCUUCUGCCAAAGCAUUUCACACCGAGGUGUCCUUCUCAGAGAGCAACACAUUUACCUCUUCCAAUACCUAUAACAGCCGCUGCUGGAGCAACAAUCCCAAAGUGCACAGAAACACAGAGUCGCUCGACCACUUCAGUGACUUGCGCCAGUCCUUCUCCCUCCACUCGGGCCACGCCAACAUACCAUCCGUCUAUGCCAACGGCAGCCAUCUGGCCCCAGCCCCACAGAAGACCCUGGUAGUGACGGCCAACAGAGGGUCGUCACCGCAGGCCGUGUCCAGGAGCAAUGGCUCAGUCAGCAGGAAGCCCCGGGCUCAGUACACACACUCCUACACCAUCAGCCAAGCAGGCCUGGAGCGCAUUGGUGCUGUCCCUGUCAUGGUUCCAGCCCAGAGUCGGGCUGGCUCCCUGGUAUAGGACGCGAGCAGGUGGAGUGUGCAGAGAAGAAGCAAAGGAUGCCCCCCUUCCAGGGGGAGGGCGGGGUGCUGGCGUGUUGGGAAAGACACUUUCCUGACAAUGAUCCUAGUAAAAAGCACAAAGAAGGAGGCAGGGCUGUGACCCGGCCGCUAAGAUUGGUAAAAUGAACUGGACUGCUCCGGCAUGAAGACUUGCUCCCCCACCCCAGCUGUCCCAGGAUUCUGUUCAAAAAGCUGGAUCUCACAGAUGUGCCAAGCCAAGGAAAAAGGUAGAAGAGCAGAAUAGCAUUUAAAACCCAAACUGCAGUCCAGAUGGGCUUGUUUUUUAAUUCAUGUCUAACGUAAUCAUUUUUCAAGAGACUAAAGUGCCAGAUGGAGUUUAAAGAAUGAAAUUAUUUA